AUGAGACUUCUAAAAGACAUGCGAACUGAGGGUCUGACAUUGAAACAAAACGUGUUAGGACGAGUGUUUGAUCCGGGUGAUCCAAACCAGCAAAUUGUGGCAUCUGAUGAAGAAAGUGGCGACGAUGCAGAAGCUGCUUUCUUAGCUUCCCUUACAGACAAACAGAAAAAGAAAUUACUCAGAAAACUGGACAGACUUGAACGCGAAGAAAUCGACGCGCAAAGUGUAUUUACAUUUAUAGGUGUUUCCAAAUGUGAAAAUUUUAUAAUAUUUUUCAUUUGUAGUGAUAGAGUGAAAGGUUUUGCACAGAACAACUUGGGCUUGUACAUUUCAGCAUAUGUGGUCUUCAUUGUACUGUAUUUUGUUCUGGUGUGCUGUGAAGGAGUGAGUAGAAGCUACCCAUCCAACUUCAUUUUGUUGGCACUAUUUACUUUGUCUUUGUCUUAUCUUGUUGGAGUAAUUUCCAGCUUCCAUGAGACAAACAUUGUGCUGAUCAUGAUGGGUGUCACUACUGUAAGUAACUAUAAUUAAUUAAUUUGUCCAUUUGAUGCCGUCCUAUUUAAAAAGGUUAAGCUAAGAUGUGCUAACUUCACAGUGCUAUCAGGGUGCUCAGAAGUUUUUCAAGGCUUGGUGAUUCUGCUGUUGGGCACGUGGAUUCCCUCCUUUGCUUGCCUGAUGGGCAAGUAAAAAUCUUUGGGACAAGUUUGUAAAGAAAUUCAAAUUAAAGAUGUAUUGUAAGAGAUAUAAUUAUUGUAUUAAAUUAUUCAUUCAAUUUUGUAUUGAUUUUAAAAUCAUGCUAGUAAGGAAUUUUUUGGCAACUAGUGUAAAUGACUUUUGGGGUAGGACAUCGUUGAUAGUUAUAGGGCUGCAAGGGCAAGCUUGUAAAUUUGGUUUUCUUUGCACCCUGGUGGCAGUAAGAGGUAAAGUGAAAUGGCUUCAAGUUGAUGAUGUUUUAUU